GGCUAUCGUCCGCCGCAUUUCAUUCUCGGACAUCGACCAAUAGAGACCUACGCUAACAAUUUAUUUAUUAAUUUACCAAUUAAUCAAGUGCAGUGAUGGCACCUAUUAACGCGAAUGACUUAAAUGACGCCAAGGCUUUCGUGCCGGCGAAGAAAGUUCUGCCUGAAGUUGAAACGGAUGUUGCCAAUGGAAACGGAAAUGGGAACUCACCUAAAGGAUACUCCUACGAAACUCUACUAGAAAUAGCAAACUUCUUGCUGUCGCGUAUCUCUGUGAAGCCGCACAUCGGCAUUAUUUGCGGCUCUGGGAUGGGUUCGUAUUGGAAAGAGGGUUCCUUGGCUGAAACUAUCACAGAUGCUGAAUCUAUCUCAUACGAGGAUAUUCCUAACUUUCCUGUGAGCACAGUCGAGGGUCACCGUGGACAACUGGUCUUCGGAAAGAUCAGCGGCAUCCCCGUCGUUGCCAUGCAGGGACGCUUCCACUACUAUGAAGGAUACCCACUAUGGAAGUGUUGUCUGCCAGUACGUGUGAUGAAGCUCAUUGGUAUCAAAGCGCUGAUUGCCACCAAUGCGGCUGGAGGGCUAAAUCCUUCAUACAAGAUUGGUGACAUCAUGAUCGUGAAGGACCACAUCAACAUGAUGGGCUUCGCCGGUAACAAUCCUCUGCACGGGCCCAAUGACGAGAGGUUCGGCCCUCGCUUCCCACCCAUGAGCAAAGCUUACAACUACGAAUACAGAAAAGUAGCAAAAGAGAUCGCGAAAGAGUUGAACAUCGACAACAUAGUGAGAGAGGGUGUGUACACCUGCCUCGGAGGACCCAACUUCGAAACCGUUGCUGAACUGAACAUGUUGAAGAUGGUCGGAGUCGACGCUGUUGGCAUGUCCACCGUUCACGAGGUUAUCACAGCAAGGCAUUGCGACUUGAACGUGUUCGCGCUAUCCCUCAUCACCAACGAAUGUGUGACGAGUUACGACAAUGAUGACGAAGCGAACCACGAAGAGGUCCUAGACGUAGGUCGCAUGCGGCAGGACAUCUUGCGUCAAUUCGUCAGCAAGCUCGUCGAAAGGUUUGCACAGAUCGAGGCCAAGAACCCUUGAACAUCAACAGCAUACCCACUGAACUUCAUAGAUACUCUACACUCAUGAUGCGAACUCAGGUCUUUGAUGAACUUACCCUCAGGAGUUGUUAUUGUGAAUAAUUGAUGUAGAGUAAAAAUUUUCAUUAUUAGGUUAUAGGUAUUUGCGAGGUUCUCACGAAUGUUUGUCAUUUGAUUUAUUCGACUAUUCGAUUUUGCUAACAUGCAACAAUGUGCGUAACGCACCAUGCAACGUUACAAUGUUGCCUGUCGCGUGCGCCGCUUUGCAUACAUCAUACCACUGUGCAUUUUUAGAUCUUUUUAUUUUCAAUUAUAAUGUAGUCGUCCUAAAUUUUUACUUUUAUAUUUAUAAAUGUAGACGUUAAAUUACGUUUAGAUAGGCCAAUUUAUAAAUAUUCACGUAUAACUAUUAAGAUGUUAAAAUUGUUUGUAAGUUUUAUAUGAUUGUUGUGUACCUAGAUAUAAAUUACUCAUAAGUAAUAAUUAAGAAAUUAUAAUUCUAAGUAAUUUUGAGCAUAGACAAACUGAAAAUUGGUCAAAGUUGUGUUGAAAAAGAAAGAAGUGAAAAUGAUUCUGUAAUAAAUAAUCGAAAAGAAAUAAAA